AUGUCGAAGAAAGCUGAUUUUGUCAUUAAACCACAAAAGGCCGCACCACCAAUCGAUACAUCAGAGUGGCCUUUACUUUUAAAGAACUAUGACAAACUCAACGUAAGGACGGGACAUUACACUCCACUUCCACAUGGAUCAUCGCCAUUGUGCCGGGACAUAGCAAACUAUGUCAAGUAUGGUUUUAUUAACCUUGACAAACCCGCAAACCCGUCGUCACACGAAACCGUAUCAUGGAUUAAACGGAUCCUACGUUGUGAAAAAACAGGACACAGUGGGACACUAGACCCAAAAGUAACGGGAGUACUACUCGUUUGUUUAGACAGGACAACACGUUUAGUCAAAUCUCAACAGAGCCACGGAAAGGAAUACGUAGCAAUAGUCAAGUUCCAUUCGGCACCUGAAAGUAGAGCAAAGGUUGAAAAAGCACUUCAGACCCUAAGUGGAUGCCUAUUCCAGCGACCACCGCUCAUCUCGGCAGUCAAGCGCCAACUCCGCGUCAGGACUAUACACGAGACUAAAAUAUUAGACUACGAUGAACAUAGAGCUAUGGCAACAUUCUGGGUUAAAUGUGAAGCUGGGACUUAUAUUCGUACAUUAUGCAUACACCUGGGACUGCUACUAGGCUGUGGAGCCCAUAUGCAGGAGCUACGCAGGGUCAAAUCAGGACAUAUCUCGGAAUACGAUAACAUGGUGACCAUGCACGAUGUAUUGGAUGCGCAGUAUCUACUGGAUAACACUAAUGACGAAUCAUACCUACGUAGGGUCAUAUCGCCAUUAGAAAGGCUGCUAACAGAUUACAAGAGGAUUGUAGUCAAGGACAGUUGUGUCAAUGCAAUUUGCUAUGGAGCCAAACUCAUGAUACCCGGGGUACUAAGGUUCGAAAAUAAUAUCGAACUACACGAAAUAAUUGUACUCAUCACAACCAAAGGAGAAGCUAUCGCUCUAGGCAUAGCACAGAUGCCUACCGCAGUGAUCGCUUCAGUUGAUCAUGGUGUGGUAUCCGUGAUCAAGCGGGUUAUCAUGGACCGUGACACUUACAGUUUGCGUUGGGGGUUCGGGCCUCGUGCAACGGAAAAGAAACGUUUACAGUCUGCAGGGAUGCUGGACGAACGUGGAAAACCAAACGAAAAAACACCAAACACAUGGAUUAAUAGUGAAGGGUACAUCCCACCAAUGAUCGGUGAAGAUGCAAAGAAACGCAACCAGGAAGAUGAACAUUCGGAGGUAGCUAACAAGAAACCUAAAAACUAA